CUGAAAUACUUAACACUUCAGAUGGCCUCAAGAGUCGACAACUGAUGUAUUUCAUAGGCACACCCCAGAAUAACGUAUAAAAAGAAAGGAAAUGUGAAUUCACAUGGGUGUCCUUUCAUAUUAUGGAGAAAUUAUUUACACCCCCCAGAGUCAAAAAGAUCUGUAUCUAUGAUGAUGACAGAUUUUACAGGAGAACUCUUGUGGUUAAAAACAGAGCGUGAACUAAGCUUGUGGAAACUAGUAGAGGGUUCAGAGUACCAAGAGCAACUGAAGUAUGACUUCAAUAUAAAAGGGGAACUGAGGCAUCUGGACACAAAUGAGUCCUUUGUUUUCAAUUAUUACAAGAAUUCACAUGAGAAGAAUCAUGAACGCUAUCAAGUCUUGGGACAUCUGAUUACUCAAUAUGUUUAUGAGCUCCUGGAAAGAGUCUGCACACUGCAGAAAGUUUAUAUUCCUACUGAUGCUACAGAGGAUGAACCAAGAAGCUUCUUUUUUAUGAGUGAGAAAGCACUAACAACUUCCUCUAGCAUAAUUGUGUUUCUUCAGGACCGUGGAGUUUUCCAUGCUGGGCAGUGGGGGCAAAAGGCCAUCAUCAGGGAGGGCCUGAACCACGGAACUCAAAUACCAUUCAUCAAAAUGGCCCUCCAGAGCCAUGGGGGGGUGAUUGUACUGAAUCCCAAUGACAACCUUGUUGACCUGAAGAUGGAAAGGGAGAGGCGAAGUUUCUCUGCUGGAGAAGAAUCAGUGACUUCUACCCAGUCCUGCCAGUGGAUCCCUAAGCGGUGCAGCAGCAGCCCUGAGGAGCACACCAUGUAUGUAUGGGAUCACUUCAUUUCAAAGAGUGCAGCCAAGCACGUGGCCUUCAUUGCCCAUGGCUACGGUGGCUUGGUGUUCGUUGACCUGCUUGUGCAGAGAAAAUGGGAAGUCAUGAAUAAAGUCUACUCUGUGGCAUUCAUUGACUCCUUGCACAACAUACAGCAUCAGACUGGAAGCGAUCCCCAAAUACAAGAAUGGAUACUGAAACACUGCCGUGAAUGGGUAUCCAACAGUAAGCCUCUGGAUAAAGCUGUGGGGUCCCUCCUGAAAGUGAAUUGUCCUACUGUCUCUGCUGGAACUGAAAAGUAUGGCUUAGCACCUUCCUGCUGCCUGCAUGCUGUCUUUAAGUACCUGAAGAGCACACUGAAAGCUAAGACCACAACAGCCUUCACGCGUUCACCUAUUGCAACCAGAGGCAGCACAAGUAAGAAGAGAGACAAUAAAUAAAGGUGUCCUGGUUUGGCUUUGAUAGUAGUCUCUUCCUUUCAUAACCACCCCUGCACCUACAGCUCUUGGCAGGGGAGAGCCUUGGAGUUGUACAUUUGAAGCUAGUUUGUUUUUGAGAAACAUACAAGUUAACAAUUAUGGAAAAAAAAAGUGCUGUGUUGAAAGUUCCAGGUCACGUUCCUUCAGCUAUCUGUGAAAUUGCAAGUUGCACGAAAUAAAGAUGUUAAGAUAUCAACUC